AUGGGUGCCAAGCAAACCAAGAUCGAGAACGUUGGCGACAACCACCCUGCGCGCUUCUACGACGGCUGCGCGAAGGUGCAGGAGGGCUGCUACACGGUGGCCGAGAUCUACUUCAACCAGGCCAUCCGAAACCACCCCGGCCACGCGUUCUGGACGGACGUGAUGGAGGUGACGGUGCCGAAGGGCGACCGGGGCAGCGAUGCGGAGGACCCCUUCGACCACGGCGGCGAGCGGCGCGACGUCGAUGGUGCAUUCGUUGCCGCGCCACGGAAUUCAACCUCCUCGCCCCCGCUGGGGUCGGUACGGCGGCUGCUCUCGUUGCCGUCGUGCAGGGAGAGGGCCGUCUCGGCGGACUCGCCGCGGCAGGCUGCGCAGACGAUCCCCAGUCUCGCCGACGACGAGGAUGCGGACUCGGUGGCUCCCGAGGCUGCUGCGCGAGUCCCGGCGCUGAUUUUCCCGGUGGACCGGCGCCUUGUGGACUUGCAGGACUACGUGCGCAUGCUGAGCGACAUCGCUCGCAUGUACCGCCGCAAGGCCGACGCUUCCGGAGGUGACAGCUGCGAUAUGGCCCUGAAGCUGAGCAUGAUGUACAACUCCUACACCGCUGUGCGCCUGCAGGCGAUGCUGCACCUCCUGCAGACGCACUUUGCCGAGCACAACGCGACGGGCGACGUGCAGGGCGAGGACAUGUUCGGUCUUUACGGCAAGAGCUGCGCGCAAUCCCCGUCAUCGUUCUCUCGAUUGAGGGCGAACGUGAAUCGUAGAAGAGGGGUUCUGAACGGGAGCGUGAGCAACGACACUUCCUCGCAGGAUGGACAGGACGACGCUCUCUGCGUGUUUUGGGAGUCGGUGCAGUUCCUGUGGAUAUCGAAUGUGCUGUCGUACGUGACCAGGGUGCUGCGGCUGAUACACUGCUCGCACAGCAAGGUGCGGCCGUCGGCCUUCAAAGACAUGUUCGACCUGUCGCUCACGUGCUUGGAGGCUGUGCGAGCUCAGCUGGCGCGUGUUGCGGAGGCGAACUCGCACAUCUACCUUGGCAACCUGAUGGGUGGAUUCAUUGCGUUCUUGGGGAACAGCAUCAGCGAGUGCUGCGCGCUUGACGAGGAUCCGGCUACCUGGGCUCAUCGGAGCACCCUAGCGGAUCAGAGUUCUCGCACACCGAGGAAAGCGAAGACCACGUUCCUGCGUUUGGGCACGUCACGAAGCUUCUCGGAUGACCAGCUGAACUUCUUUCGAGAGGCCAAGCAGUGGGAUGCGCUGUCGCUUCCUCUCCUAGACGUGCAGCUGUUUGCUUCAGUGAAGUUGAUGAUGCAGCGAGACAGUUACAGUAAGCGCUCAAUCAAACUGAUGACGCCAAUGGAGAGGAGUUUUGGGUGGUACAUGGGGGUGGACGUUAGCGGAGGGUUUGAACGGCGUGCUGGCACCCCUGGCUGCAGCGCGUACCUCUUGAAGAUGUGCGGUGUGCCUGACGAUGCCACGAUGCGGGACUGGCGUCUCUUCGCUGCUGUUGGACUGGAGGAAAUGAGCGUGGGAAUCUUGCGAGUGGCAAUGAUGACGUGUUUCAUUUUGCACGCACGAGGCAAGACGGGUCAAUCGCAGGAGCUCUGCAACGCCACGGUUCAAUUUGCGUUGAACAUGUACGGGUGCCGUACGCCCAUCUCGGAUCUCGUUGAAGCGCAGUUUCAGCAGGUCAUGAGCGAAGCGUCGGUGUGA